CUCAAAUAUCAUAAAAAAUGGCCCGGUAGAAUGAGCGCGGAUUGAAUUUACGUUUGUCAUAAUUUGACCUAACCCAGUGCCAAUAGACAAAUCCUCCUCUUUGAACAUUUGCUAAACCAUCAUGGGUCGCGUUCGUACCAAGACUGUCAAGAAGGCCUCUCGUGUCUUGAUUGAAAAGUACUAUCCUCGUCUUACUCUCGAUUUCCAAACCAACAAGAAGAUCUGUGACGAAGUGGCUAUUAUCACCACCAAGCGCCUCCGUAAUAAGAUUGCUGGUUUCACCACUCACUUGAUGCGCCGUAUUUCCCGUGGUCCUGUCCGUGGUAUCUCCUUCAAGUUGCAAGAAGAAGAACGUGAACGUCGUGACAACUAUGUUCCUGAAUUCUCUGCAUUGGAUACCUCUGCUAUUGAAAUCGACCCUGAUACCAAGGAUUUGUUGAAGUCUCUCAACUUUGAAAACUUACCUGGUGUCCAAGUUACCAACCCUGUUGCUGCCAACGCUGAUGUCCGUCGUCCUCGUACCCGUGGAAAGAAGAUUGAAGCUUAAAAUUUGCAUCUAUGGAUAGUACUAUCUUCUUCACCUAUUUAGUUUAGUUCUCUAUUUGUUUUUACAGCAUCUUUUUUUGUAAAAAUAAAAGCUAUUCUAUAUAUAUUCAUGUA